UAACAGUGGCCUUUGGAAUAUCAUUCCUGUCAUUGCUAUUAGUAAAACCAAAAAAAUGUCUGACGAAGAUAAAAAACAGAAAAAUACAAAAGAUUCUUUAGAUGAAACCGGAAAGAAACGAAAGUCGGCAAAAGAUGGUAGUAAUACUGAAGCAUCCUCAGUUAGUUUUAGUCAAAAAGAUGACGAAGCUAACAGACCACAAUCUUCUUCUGGUCCCAAAGUAGGAGCAAAACCGAAAAAAUCAUCAAUAGCUGUAUCGGGUUCUGCAGCGCAAAAAGAGGCAUUUGAUAAGGGAAAUUUGGGCAGCCAAACUGACAUUGAAAAAAAGAAAGAUCUAAAUCAAUCAACAGGGACUGGAAAAUCUCUGCUUAAAAGUUCAGAAGAUGAAAAGCCACAGACUUCAAGCGGAAAAGGAAAGAAACCCAAACCAGAAAACGCUGAUGAAGGAACCUCUACAAGGCGACGUAGGGAGCCAUUUGAUUCAUUUGAUAAAGAAACAUAUCUGGCAGAUAUGAUGGAUUAUGAGCGCUCAUCAGAAUUGGAUGCAGAUAACUCUGAAAAAAAGCAAAGUUGGGAGCCAGACAGUAGUCUCAGACGUCGAUUUUCCAGCAAUCAAGAAAUCAAUUCUGCUCUAAGUUUUCAAGGCGAGGAAGAAGAAACCGAAAUCGAUUCAACUGGAUCUUUGACUAUGCUAGGUAGUACCUAUCGUCGAUCAAAAACUAAUGAUGAUCGUUCCCUGAUCCUGACUGAAGUUUUCGAAAUGGGAAAAUUACAGGAGCUAAAGGAUCAACAAGCGUUAAUUAGAGAUUUUCUUAAGCAACCCAGAACCAUUGAUGAGAUAAAAGGUUCCAAGGUUACAGGAACUGGCAAAAGUCAUGUUGACGAAAUAAAAUGGAAGGACACCUCUAGUGAUGAUGAUGGUAGUGUGCCGAUAAAGCACAGAGGAACCAAUACAAAAAUCUCACGUGCUGCUCAAAGAGUUGAGGAGGAAAGUCUGAAAAAAUAUGAAGAUGAGCAGAUACCUUCUCCGGAACCAGAAAAAGAGUUGGAGUCAAAGAGACCGUGGACUUUUCCCAUAGCAGAGACAUUUUCGGAAAUCCCUGGAGAACGCCAGCCACUGGGAGAAAACCAAAAGGUACAAAUAGGAAAGAGAAAUAACAAAAUCAGAUCUAUAGGAGUCAACACGGAUAUAAGCAGAAAAACCCCAGUAUCAGGAGUCUCUCCAGUGGCUGAGGAACCCGACUUUGGAGCAUACCACGAUGAUGGAAAACGGCGAGAUAUAGGCCAAGUCACUGAUAAAGUGCAAAAGCAUCGCAAGAAGUAUGUUUAUAAAACUGAAUCAGAUGAUAACCCCAUAGAUAUAGGACCCUUGGAUGAUCGAGCAAGGGAAAUUGGAGUUAAUACUAAAGUCCUACCCAAAUCCAAUUAUCCACGAAUAUCUGCUGAACAAUAUAGUGGUGGAGGAAAGUUUAGGGACGUAGGAUCAAACACAGAUAAACAUUACAAGCCCAUUGACGAUGGAACUGAGGUGUUCUUCAUGAACCCCAUUAUGUGUGACAAUCGAAAACUGAACAAGCUCAUUGUGGAUGCACCGCCGGAUUAUGGUCCCUACAAGAUGCCAAUGAAAAAUGAUAAUCGUGCCUAUUACAAGGGCUGCGAGUAUCAUUUUCCGGGAAGAACCGGAUGGCGCAGACUCUUCUACAAUAGAACACAUGGAAAAUAUGAACUACGCCGUCCAAGUCACUAUGUUUACACUGUGAUCUUUGCUACUUGCUAUAUUUUAUUUGUCCUGCUAUUUUCGAUGGCCUGGUUCGAUUGCAUCACAGACGUAUCACCCAGAAAUUCACCAGUGCUCAAGAUGACCCAACCAUCUGUAACUUUUACUCCUAUCGGACCUCGUACUAAUCCGAAUACGAUCGCAUUCGAUCCACGGAACAAUACUGAAGUCAUGGAAAAGUAUGCUGGCAUAAUGGCUUUGUUGAACAAAUAUGGCGGCUCUGGACAAAGCCCACGAUUUGGAACUUGUAAUGCUUAUGAAAAGUUCGGAUAUCCCAGCGGAGAGCCAUGUGUUUUUCUUAAAGUUAAUCGCAUAAUUGGCUUCAAGACGGAACCAUACACUGAUUCCGAUGAGCUCGUCAGUGCCAGUCUUGACGAGGUUGACUUUGCGGCCUUAAAGAGCCUAUUGGUGAACUCCACAUCGGAUGAGGAUCGCCAAAACCGUACUUGGAUCACUUGCCGAACGGAUCAGGACAAGAAUGUUCAGAUUGAAUUCCAUCCAGAGCCAGCGUUCAGAACAGAGCACACUGAUAUUGAAGAAAAAAUUGAGUAUGUCAUUAAUAAUGAUAAAAAAUCUUUCUUCGGCCCAAACGAUCUUAAUCGAAUAGUGGCCCUUAAAAUAAAAAAUUUGAAUGCAAAUGAACGUGUCCACGUAACAUGUAAAAUGUGGGCCCGUAAUAUCAAACCCAACCAAGAGGGCUAUGGUCAGGUUUCCUUCUAUGUGCUUUUAGCUAACGAAAAAAGUCGAGAAAGGGUGGAGAAAGUGCUCAGGCAUCAUGAUUCAUUGUAAUGCAAAUUUGUAUAAAAUAGUUUGUAAAUAAAAUUGGCAUUCAAUACACAAAUACGUUGGUUAUAUCACUGGUGAACAAGAUUUUUAAUAAAUUAUUUCGU